GGAGAGGAAAGAAAGAGAGGGAGAGAGAGGGAGAGGAAGAUUGCUUGUUACAUCCUGAACAGUGAUCUCUCUCAAGACAGUGCUUUGCUCUUCAGCUAUAAGAGUGGAGGCUUCAUCACACUAAAUCCUGGAGAAAUGACUUUUAUGGAUGUGGAUACCAGAUGCCUGGGUCUCUUUCUUCUUUGCACAAUAAUUGGACAUUGUUUGGAGAUAAAAGUUAAUCCUCCUCAGGAUUUUGAAAUAAUGGAUCCUGGCUUACUAGGUUAUCUCUAUUUGCAAUGGAAACCUCCUGUGCUUAUGGAAAACUUUAAGGAAUGCACAUUGGAAUAUGAGUUAAAAUACCGAAAUGUUGACAGUGACAAUUGGAAGACCAUCAUUACUAGGAAUCUAAUUUACAAGGAUGGGUUUGAUCUUAACAAAGGCAUUGAAGGAAAGAUACGUACGCAUUUGUCAGAGCAGUGUACAAAUGGAUCAGAAGUUCAAAGUUCAUGGAUGGAAGCUUCCUAUGGGAUAUCAGAUGCAGGAAGCCUGGAAACGAAAAUUCAGGAUAUGAAGUGUAUAUAUUAUAACUGGCAGUAUUUGGUUUGCUCUUGGAAGCCUGGUAAGGUAGCACAUUCUGAUACCAACUAUACUAUGUUUUUCUGGUAUGAAGGCUUGGAUCAUGCCUUGCAGUGUUCCAAUUAUCUCCGAGAUAAUCAAAAAAAUGUUGGAUGCAAACUUUCCAACUUGGUGUCAUCAGACUAUAAAGACUUUUUUAUCUGUGUUAAUGGAUCCUCAAACAUGGAACCUAUCAGAUCCAGCUAUACCGUUUUUCAACUUCAAAAUAUAGUUAAACCGUUGCCACCAGAAUUCCUUCAUAUCAGCGUGGAGAAUCCCACUGAGAUGAGAAUGAAAUGGAGCAUACCUGAAGGGCCCAUUCCACCGAGGUGUUACACUUACCAACUGGUGGUCCGAGAAGACGGGAUUUCCCAGGAGUCUGCCACAGAUAAAAACGACAUGAAGCUGAAAAAGAGAGCAAAUGAUAGUGAAGAACUGUGCUUUUUUGUAAGAAGUAAAGUCAAUAUAUAUUGCGCAGAUGAUGGAAUUUGGAGUGAAUGGAGUGAAGAGGAAUGCUGGGAAGGUUUCGAAGGGCCAGACUCAAAGAUUAUUUUCUUAGUACCAAUUUGUCUUUUCUUUGUAUUCCUUUUAUUACUUCUCUGCCUGAUUAUGGAGAAGGAAGAACCUGAACCACCAUUGAAGGAAGAACCUGAACCGACACUGAGCUUCCAUACGGAUCUGAACAAGGAAGCUUAUUCUUAUGAAGAGACCCUCUGUUAAGCUACCUUUUCCAGGCAUAGAGUCACCCAGAAUGAGCCAUAUUAAACUCAUUUUCUCUUCAAAUUUGAAAUACAACCUAUUGCAAAACA